AGUUAAAAAAAUACCACAUUUUUAAGAGUAAUGUCACAACUGUGAAACCUGUGAUAACGUGUGCCAUUAAGGAUAUAUUUCUUGAUUUUUAUUUUGUUUUAUCACAGAUCACUUUUCUGGUGAUGUAGAAAGUCUUUGACUCAGAAAAAUGUAAACUGAUGAAUUUUCUCUUUUUUGUAAAUAUGUAUGGUUAGUGCGUUUCAGUUUAUUUUAAUAGAAAUUGGUUAAAUAAUCGUUUUUAAAAAACAAUGUGUUCUCAGUUCUGAUUUUACUCCCUCUUCCUUAUUUUAUUUCAUAUUUUUUUCUAAAUAAUUUUGUCUUUACCUAAUGUUUGUGCAGAGAUGCAAUUUGUCCACAAGAGGGCAGGAUUACCUCAUUUAUUAAUUCAGGCUGGAGCCGCAGAUUUCUCUCUUUUCUUCAAAGCAAAACCUGCUCAUUGUAGACAACUUCUUUGAGUAAAGUGACUAAUUAACAUUAAUUUUAGUUGGUAUAACACCAUAUCUGUCUUCUCAAUAUUAUUUUAGACAUGUUUGUAUUUUCUACGCGCUUUUCUUUAAAUAAAACCCAUUUCCUGUUUGUUUGAGCAGUGUCUGACUGUACUUGAUUUUUUCAUUCGCCGCAACGGUUCAGACAUCUUCAGUUUGGGAACAUCAGAAGAUGGGAGCCUCUCUCUCUGCGGCAUACGGCAUAUCGUAGCUAAAUCCACUCGGAUCUGUGGUCUGGGUGCAGUGCGUAAUGAGCUGUGCGCCUCCAGGAGCCGCGCAUCGACGCUGCUGUGCGCAAACCAAACCAACUGAACCAAAAUAGUAGAGAAACAUGAAUCUGUCCUCCACGAACUCCUCUGCGUGGAAAGCGGAGUCCGUGCUGAUUUCGGUGGGAUUUUCUCUCAUCUUUCUGCUUGGCAUCGCGGGGAACUCUCUGGUCCUUGCAGUUCUUUGUCGCAACGGACAGAUGAGCACCAAGACCACCAACAUGUUCAUCUUCAGUCUCGGGGUGGCCGACCUCUGCUUCAUUGUUUUCUGCGUGCCGUUCCAAGCGACCAUCUACACCCUGGAUCAGUGGGUCUUUGGUCCGGUGCUUUGCAGAGUCGUGCACUUCAUCAUCUUCCUCACCAUGUACGCCAGCAUCUUCACACUGACCGCCGUUUCCCUGGACAGGUAUUUAGCCAUAUGUUACCCACUUCGCUCCCGGCAGAUGAGGACUCCAAAGAACGCCCUCAUCUCCAUCUGCCUGGUUUGGUCUUUGGCUUUGGUUUUCUCCACACCAUACCUUAGCUACUUCUCUCAGAUGGACCUUGAUGGCACCUUGCUGUGUAUUCCUGCCUGGGAGCCCAGACCUCGCUUCAUAAUGGACUUGUGGACCUUCAUCUUUGGAUACCUCAUCCCCGUCCUGGUGCUCAGCCUCACAUACGCUCGCACCAUCCGCUACCUGUGGACCAGCGUAGAUCCUGUCAAAGACAAGUCAGAGUCAAGGCGUUCCAAGCGGAAAGUCACCAAAAUGAUCCUGAUUGUGGCUGCUCUAUUCUGUCUCUGCUGGCUCCCUCAUCACCUCGUCAUCCUCUGCAUGUGGUUCGGACAAUUCCCCCUCAACCACACAACAUACGCCCUACGCAUCCUCUCCCAUUUGGUGGCCUACGCCAACUCUUGCCUCAAUCCCAUCGUCUACGCACUUGUCUCCAAGCAUUUCCGCAAAGGUUUCCAGAAGGUCUUCAGCUGCUCGAGGACGAGGAGGGAGGAGAACAGGGUGCACGUCAUCCAGGCAGUGAACACAGUCAGCAAUAUUGAGACGAGACCCUCAGAGGAAGAAGCAGCUUCCACUGCAACCUGACAGAAGAGAAACUCUGAGAAACGUCUCUUAAAAAUGAUAAAUUCUGUAAAUAUUAUUGAUUUUGCUGCUAUUAAUAAUUGGUAAAAAAAAAAAAAAAAAGUGAAAAAGGAACUUUGAAGGAAGAUGCGGACUGUUUUUAUUUAUUAUUGUUGUUAAAAUUAUUCUCUGUGUUGGCAUAACCUUAGGUGUUAGACUAAAGGCUAAAAGGUUGUUCCUACCCAAAUGUAGUUUUAUCCAUUUGAUAAACACCAGCCUCAUGCAGGUAUAGAUUCUCAGUCACACAGGGCAUGACAGUCCUCAGUACUUAAGAAGGUAAUUGGACUUCUUUCUUGCUUCUGUUUAAUCUCUCAUCCUUGUUCCGAACUGAUGAAGCCUUUAGUUUCUGUUGUGAUUUUUUCUUUUGAUUCGACACACACUGGCUGUGUCUAUUUUCUAAGCAGUAUGGUGGAAAAUUACCAUGCUGAUAUUCUUGCGCAUAAAUAUUUGAAAAGACAAAUGUGGCACAUUCAGGUACCUGGAAAUUGUACCUAAAGACAGUCUAUUAUUUUAGAAUGAUUGUCUUUUGACAAAAUGUGUAAAUAUCUGGUUUCAACUACUGUAUAUAUAACAGGGUCCAUAAGAUGUAGAGGAUUUGUGAAUGGAAUGCCCAUAUCUUUUUAUGUAUUGCUCCAAUCUUGUGAAAUAUUAGGGACACUACUGAUAAAUGAGGCUGUGCAAAGUAUUAAUAGCAGAUGUGUUGAUAAAUUAAAUGUUUGAUUUUUCAAAACUUUUCAGUAAAAAAUUGAAGUCUUUUUACACAUACCUAAAAGUAAUACAAGUUUUCAAGUUCUGAGCCCAAUAACUAAGACAUACAGUUAUAAUACUCCUUUAUUUAAUCAGGUAAACCCCGUUGAGAUCUAGAUCUCAUUUUCAAGAGGGACCUGAGCAAAAAUUUGCAAUACAUAGCAGCCUGGUUACAGAUAAAAACAAUUAAUACAUAUGCAACAUAUGCACAAGUAUAAAACAAUAAAAACAAUUUAAAAACAAUGACACUGUUUCAUAGAAUCUUGUUGCCUAUCUAAUACAGUCACAUUUCCAGACCUCUGCGGUGCAUAAACAGAGGAGUCACCCCCUGCUGCCCAAUGUAGUGCAGAUCUAAUAGAAAUUUACUCUGACAGUUUUCUGAGAGCCUAAAAUAUCUGAAAAUGGUGAUUACUGUGAAACAUCUCACUGUGACUUAAAUAUAGGAAACAAACUACAUCUCUCUAAGCAUAUUAUGCAUCAUCAAUGUGGGGAAUAAAACACAUAUUAGCACACACAUACACAGACACUCAAUGUUUCCUUCACCUGCACUUGGGCUUUAAAUAUUUGUAAUCUAAGCAGUCACGCUGAGCCUCUCUGUGAGUCAUGUGUUCAAUUGGUCAAUGCUACAAACAGGAUACUCUGAUGGUUGUAACUGAGUAACUGAUCGGUAAAAAUAAACAUGCAAUGAUUCUCUGAUUGUGGUCAGAAAUCCUGACAUUCACUGCUGGUCCAGUCUCCUGAACAUCAAAGCAGUUCUAAGUAUAAAUAUUGCCAAUAUGGACCAGCUUUCACUACUGACUGACCAAUAAACUACGUAUUGCAUUUCAUCCAUCUGUCAUCUAUUCCUGGUAAUGCUUUUCUUGAUCUAUCUUGAGAGAAUUUAGAUGCGUUUGACAUCAGGAGGGCCGAUGGUAGAUGUAGGCGGCGUUGGAAUGUAACCAUAACGUUAUGUAAUUGGACAGAUUUUCUUAUAUGUUCAUGUCCGAACAUCUGCUGUGAUCAGCCUGUUGCGAGCGGGCCUCUAAAGCUGACUGAUUGUAAAAUGUCUGCAUGAUAUUGCUGCUGUUAUUAGUGUUCCUGCUUGCUCCUAAAAACUGAUGGAACAAUAAAAUGCUAGAGCAAUAUGUGAAAGUUAUGCAACAGGAAAUCCGAAAAGUAUUUAACAAGAAAAGACGCCUUAUUCUUUAGCUGACCAUCUAUUUUAGGCCAGGCUUUCAUUUUUCAGCUCUUUAGGAAUCAUUUUAUUGAAGCAAAAAUUGUAUUUUCCACCUGUGUUAUUGUUCUGAUUUUUUAA